UUCCCAAACUACCCUCCCCUUUUGCACCUUCCUUCCUAAGGCAAAUCACGUAACUUUCUUCCCUAAAAGUGGCCACUUUCGCAUUUAUUUUUAGCGGGAGGGAGGCACAGAGCAAAAACAGAGAGAGGCGUACGUGGCAAAAGCUCACAGAGCUGCCAAUAUAUAUAGAUUCUUCUUCUCUGUAAAGCAGCUCCAUUUCUUUGUGAUUGAGCUUUGCUUCUUCUCCCUUAUGCCUAUUUAGGGAGCCCUCCAUUUCGUUAAACCCCCACCAUUGUUUCUCUGGUUUUUGUGAACGUUUUUUUUUUGCUUUCCCUCCCAAUUAACAAACCCAUUUGCUUUCUUUCUUUCUUUGUUUCUGGGUUUUCUUGAAUGCCGAUUCUUGGCGUGACCCAGAUUCCUGAUUUCCCAAAAUCUUAGUCAUUCUUUUACCUUGCUGCAUUCUUAGAACACCCAUUUUCUUGAACAAGCUCUGUUCUUUGUGUUUUUUUUAACCUCCCCCCAGUACUUUUUAUCUUUCCUUAUUCACCAGCUUUUGUGAGUUUCCCCAAAUUCUUAGAGACGUCAAGAUGUUUGGGUUCGGGAGGCCUAAAUUUGUCACUAAAUGCAAAUCUGAUUUAAAGGGCAUGAAGGUGAGGCUUGAGGCGAUUAAGAAGAAGAGGAACUCUGUGCUCAAGUAUUUGAAGAAUGAUGUUGCCGAGCUUCUCAAGAAUGGCCUUGAUAUUAAUGCAUAUGGAAGGGCUGAGGGAGUUCUGGUUGAGCAAAAUAUGUCCGCCUGUUAUGCACUGACUGAGAACUUUCUUGACUGUAUCGCAAAUCAUCUUUCUCUCAUGCAAAAUCAGAGGGAAUGUCCUGAAGAAUGCAAGGAAGCUGUUGCAUCUGUGAUAUAUGCUGCAGCAAGAUUUUCUGAUUUGCCAGAACUGCGUGACCUCAGAAACAUAUUUACUCAAAAGUAUGGAGAUUCCCUACAAUCUUUUGUAAAUAAAGAGUUUGCGGAUAAAUUCAAGUCAAAGCCCCCUACAAAGGAGAUGAAGGUACAAUUAAUGCAUGACAUAGCAAGAGAAUACUCAAUCGAAUGGGACUCCAAGGCUCUGGAACAGAAGCUGUUUACUCCACCUCCAACAAACAAGGGGCAGCCUACGUAUGGGUCUCCGUGUGACAGUGAUGAUGAUAUGUACAGAUCACAGAAGAAGGAUAACGCUCUUCUGAAGAGAAAAAAUAAGGGUGAUGGAGACAAACGGAGCUAUGUAACUGAUGAUACUGCAUCAGUAGGAAGUGAUGAUGAAGCAACAGAUAUGUCCCAUGAUGGCCGAAUGACUGCUUCAAGUUCAGUAGGAAGUAGAUCCGAGGAUGAAGCAGAAAACAAGGUGCCCUCUUCCUAUAAGUUCACUGCACCCCCUUACUACAAACCAAAGCCUCAGAAAAAAGAAAGUGUCUUUGAGGAACCCAGGAAGGUGAAUGGUCAUGCUGAACGAAGGUCAGUUAGGAGAACCUCGAAACCACCAGCAGGUGGUGACAAUCAUGGAAGUGAUCCGAGGGAUGAAGAAGAGAGGGUAAUGGAUGGGCUUUUGAUGCAUUACAGUCAUAAACAGUCACCCUAUGACUCAAGCAAGAUGAAGGGAAAUCUAAAACCUUGCUACAACCAGUCAGAUGAUAAUACUAAUGAAUCCACAAGGCACAGAAGCAGCAGGUCUGAAAGAGCAGCAUCUCUGCCACCACCAGAGCAAUCAACUUCACCAGAGCCAACAAAAAGGCAUGCUCGAGGCAAUUCCUUACAACCAGAUGCCCAUGUGCACCCGAACCUACCGGAGUAUGAUGAAUUGGCAGCCCGAAUUGCAGCUCUUAGAGGAACAUGAUGGAUUGAUAGCUUGAAUUGCAGCUCUUGAAAGGAACAUAGAAGAAGGCUGACAUUAGAAGUGUCUUGUAAAAAUUUACUUAGGUGUAUGUCCAUUAUCAUAUCAUAUCUACUAUAGGGACUUCUAGUCCUUCAUUAGCUUACUCAUCACAUUUGAUUGUAUACAUCCUCAAAGUUCAUGAUUUGAACAAAUUAGAUAUACAUACACGUCACAUUCAAUUAAUAUACUUGGUUUUUUAGUUCA